AAAUCUAACAUCAAAAUAUAAUAUAUCCGCGUCACUGAAAUAUCAUACGUCAAAUCGAUAGCAAAACUAAAUAAAAUGUUCAAAAACUCAUAUCAACGAGGAUUAUUAUCAAUAUUUUAUAGCUGCGGUUCUAAUCCUCUGGGAUUAUGGGAUUCGGAAGUGCAGAAUGGACACAUAAAAAGAGUCACCGACAGCGAUGUGCAGUCGAUCGUACUGGAGAUUUGCAGCGCAAACGUUGCCACCACAUACAUAUCGUGUCCUAAAGGGAACAGAACACUGAGUAUAAAACUCCCCUUUCUCGUGAUGAUUGUGAAGAAUCUGAAGAAAUAUUUCUCGUUCGAAAUCUGCAUCCUCGACGACAAGAAAAUGAGACGACGAUUUAGAAUAUCCAAUUUUCAGUCGACUACAAAAAUCAAACCUUUUUGCACGACUAUGCCAAUCGGCCUGUCUGGCGGAUGGAAUCAGAUACAAUUUAAUUUAGCUGAUUUCACUAAGCGAGCGUACGGGACGAGCUAUAUGGAGACGUUGCGAGUACAAGUGCAUGCUAAUGCCCGUUUGCGACGAAUAUACUUCUGCGACAGGCUUUAUACGGAGGAGGAAUUGCCUGAAGAUUACAAAUUGUAUACGCCGAUAGAGAACAAGCAAAGGAAAUCUCGGCCAAUCAAUAAAGUGCCAACAGCGGAGGAACGACGCAGUUCCAUAAGAAAGUCGAGUAUAAAUCCGAAGGUUUCAGUAGCUGAUGCUGAUUCUGUGGGGCCGAAAUUACCAGGAGCCCAGGAGCUGACUGAGGCACUAGAAACGAUGGGAAAUCCUGAAAUCACUGGAGAUCUAGAAAUUACUAGAGAUCCAGAAUUGACAGAGGCUUCAGAAAAAGGUAAUGAAAUUAAAGAAGCCAAAGAGGAAAUAGAAGCUCUGAAUUUAGCACCCGAAAUUGAGGUUCUUAUGACUCAUGUGUAUAAUAGUGUAGGAGCUGAACAUCCAAAUAAAGAUGGUAAUUCAGAAGAUAGGAGUAUUCAAAUUGAAUGAUUCCCAAAUUCAGAGGCAGACGAAUUGAAUUUGGAGCAAAAUGAUACAUUUUGAUGAAACAUUAAGUCGUCACUAUUUUUAUAAUUUUUCUUUUAUUUGCAAUUA